GUGAAGCCAAUAAGCAGUGUAGGGAUUUCACUUUGAAUUGCUUCAGCACUGAAUGUGUUAAAUGUUUUCAUCAGAGACUUUAAAAAAAAAAAAAAAGACAAAAGGCAUACGGUGGAUAUGCCAGAAAAAGUUUACUUUAUAAAAAAGAGAGUGAAAAGCCUCUCACACCUAAGAGAGCAGGGAAGAAAGACUACACCGUUUCCUUUUUAGCAGCUUUUAAUCUUAAAAAGAAUGUAAUUCUCAGUCGCGGGGGGCUGAGCCCACUUCAGUGAGACCUCCCUCCCAAAACUGCCAGGAUCCUCUGCUUCCACCGUGAGCAAAGCAGGCGCCUUUGCAAAAGAAGUAAAAGCCUCCCAACUGCCUCCAGCGGCGUAGGAAUAGACAUGUCUACGGGGAAGAUCUGUUGUCUGGUGCUGCUGACCCUAGGUGUGCUGGCGGUGGUUGUUGCACUUGUGGUCAUCCUGAGUCAACCCAAGUGCGAUCCUCAGCAUUACCUGCACGGUGCUGUGGCUGCUGACACCGAGACCUGCUCUGUCAUUGCCCGGGACAUCCUGAAAAGUGGAGGCACAGCUGUGGAUGCUGCCAUUGCUGGCUUGAUCUGCACCUCGGUGAUGAACCCUCAGAGUUCGGGCCUGGGUGGUGGGGUCAUAUUUACCAUCUAUAAUGCCAGCACAGGAACAGUCGAGGUGAUCAAUGCCCGCGAGACAGUCCCACGAGAGUUUCCGCACAAUUUGUUGUCUCACUGCACUGAUGAUCUCACUGGUUCCCGCUGGAUUGCUGUACCAGGAGAACUUCGUGGGUAUGAAGAAGCCCAUAAACGACAUGGCCGCUUGCCAUGGAAAGCCCUAUUUGAACCAACCAUUAAGCUCCUUUCAGAGCCACUUCUCAUUUCCCCAGUUAUGGACAAAAUCAUCCAUCACCCAAACUUCUCCACUCCAGGAAAAAACCUGUGCCCACUAAUAUGUGACAGUCAAGGGUUCUUGAAGCUUGGAGACACCUUCAGGUGGCCGGCGCUGCAGCAAACACUGAAAGCUGUCGCAGAAAACGGAGCUACAGCAUUUUAUGAAGGAAAGAUAGGAAAGGCCCUGGUAGAGGACAUUAGGAAGGCUGGGUCCAAUAUCUCAGUGGAGGACCUUCAGACAUACAAAGCAGAGGUGUCCUCAGCUCUGAACAUUACCCUGAACAAUCACACCACAGUAUUUUCUCCUGGACCACCCAUGGGAGGUGCUGUGCUCAUGUUCAUCCUCAAGAUAUUGGAAGAGUAUAAACUCCAUGAAGCAUCACUAGCGACACCCAAGGAGACGGUGGAAACCUACCAUCGCAUUGCAGAGGCCCUGAAGUUUGGCAAUAUGCUAAAACCCCAGAUGAGUGACCCAGCCUUCUCUGAAGCUCAGGUGACUGUGGGGACCAUGCUGUCUGACAAGAUUGCUGAGCUUGCCAGAAGGCGAAUAGAUGACCGUGGUGACCAUCCACCCAACCAUUACAACUUGUUGGAGUCCAUCUACAACCACAGAUACAAAAGUAAGGGCACAAGCCACAUCUCUGUGCUCGCAGCAGAUGGCAGUGCCGUGUCCGCCACCAGCACCAUCAACUACCCGUUUGGAUCCUUUGUGUAUUCUAACCAAACUGGGAUCAUUUUAAAUAAUGAACUCGCUGAUUUCUGCAUAGCAAAGAGAAGCAUUAAACCAGGCGAGAAGCCUCCCUCAGCAAUGGUGCCUUCCAUUCUCAUCUCCAAGACAGGAGACAUGCUGGUGAUCGGAGGAGCAGGUGGCGCCUGGAUUAUCAGUGCUACUGCUAUGGCGAUUAUAAACAAGCUGUGGUUUGGCUAUGACUUGGAACACGCCAUUUCAGCUCCCAUCAUGCAUACUGAAGGUGACAGUAUCCUGUUUGAGAAACAUUUCAGUGAGGAGGUUAGGAGCGGCCUGCUGGGAAGAGGACAUAAAGAAAGGAAAGUUACAUUUGCAAUGAAUGUUGUGCAGGGAAUUUCCAAGGAAGGAAAAUGCAUCUCUGCCUACUCUGAUAAAAGAAAGCUGGGGAAGUCAGCUGGAUAUUAGCAUCAAAUGCCAUCACAACUCACAGAACCCCAAGAGAUAAAGAUUCAGAACAUGCCAAUGUUGCCUGUUCCCAUCAGGAUGCCUGCUAGAGUAUGGGCAAAACUUGUGAUGACAUCUAAUUCCAGUGGACCGCAAGUCACCCUCAGGCAAUACAAGGGCAGGGCACCAAGCCUUGUUUAGAGCUACACCCUCUAUUACUUAUGUGAUAUACGGAAAACCAUAUUUCUUGAGCAGAUCAACUAUUCAGAGUAAGAGAAUACAAAGUGGGAAAUGAAAAUUGGUCCAAAACCCACUGGGAACACUGUGAAAUGACCCAGCUGUAUCUUCCAUUCCUGCUGGAGAGUGAAGAGAAGAAUUGGUUUCUUUCAGGCUGUUGCCACAGUAAGCUUAUUAUUACGGGGGCUCAGCAAUGUGAAACAAGUAUCUGCUUUGGUUAUGAGGAUUACAAUAAGUGUCCGUAGGGUCAGGAUUUUAAAAUCUUAAGCAUCCAGGCUUAGAGGGUGGGUUUGGAAAGGGAAGAAAGCAAAACUCCACACUCCUCCUCUUGGUUUUCCCAUCCAAAGAAGCCUACUUUUCCCAAAGGUGGCAGAUGAAAUCAACGCAUCAUAGCACAAGUCUGCCACCCUACUGCUCUCUGCCUUGGGGAUGCAAAGGACCCCACAAGCUCAGAGUAACUGUGCUGAAGCUUCCUUCAACCCUGCACACUGGUGACUUUGAGAAUAAGCCUCCCAUGGGGUGAUGUGAAUUCCCUGCUUCUGGGAUGGACAGGCUUCAGCUUAGCUCCCUGGGGGCACUUCUCCCGGUGGUGAGAGGAGUCCCGAUCCCUGCCAGUCCUCCCUCCUCAAUGCCUGCAGAAGGUAAGUUGUUUGGGAACACAGGCGAGGAUUGCAGUGGGGAAGCCGUUGUUUUUGGAGGCUUUAUAACAUUCUUCAAAAUGCAAAGGAUGUAUGAUCAGAAGACUUCACUUGUAGCCAUGAGCUCAGGCAAACACCAGGACUGCUGAGAAGCGAUGCAGCACUGUCAGACAUUAGCGGAAUACUUUUCUCCCAUAGCCUAAGGACAUGCUCCAACUCUCUAUUUACCACAACUGGUCUCUAGUGUUCCCUUAAGAUCACAAGGAGGAAAUUGUAGGGCUACUUAAGUAGUAUCACAGAGAGAAAAAUGCCUGGAGGAGAGACCUGAACUCAUGCCCCUGGACACAAAAAGUCUUUUGCAGUUACUCCAUAACCUUGCCCUGCUCAAAAUGGCCAAGAGAAUCAAAUGUUUAAGAGAAAAAAAACCAACCCAACAAACAAAAACCUCAAAACCCCCAAAGCUCUUCUCAAAUACCCAGAGGCAAGUCCCCAUGAUCCCCAACAACUCCAUUUUCUGAAAGCUUAUGAGCCAUACGUCCUUAUGGGCAUACAAUAUUGUGCGUGUGUUUCUGAAAGUGAAGCCAAACUAGAGCAAGGCCCUAGCAGAGCCCUCCCAUUUGCCUCUUAGUUCUUACCUCACACACAGCCUAGUACACAAAUAAAUAAAAUCACUCUGUAAACACCAUAACUAUUUGAGCACACGCCAUUAAAAAAAACCCACCAAAACAAGGCUAUCCACACACACACUUGCAAACAAGGCCAGAUAGAAUUGAAGUCUACAUUCUUACCCACGAAGUCUGUGCAAUAAAGCCAUUGACUUGCCAAAAUCUCAGCCUUCAAUUGCGUUUUAAUGAUGGGCCUGAGUGAAGCUGACUAGAGCCAGAUGUGUUUUCCUUCAGAAAUUGUACACUAAGGAUUAUAGUAUGACUGCAGCUGUAUCAGAGCUUAAUGAAAAAGUAUUCCUAAGUUACCAGAUCAUAACCUCAAGCACUUAAUCAUGCAUCUGGAAGACAAGUUACUUAUGUAUAGAGCCAGCUCCAUACACUUCCUCCUCCAAGUGGAAUUUCUGUUAAAUCCCCUAGUUCAGGAAGGACUAGUGGUUUCUCCAUCAGAGCUGCUUACUCAAGCCAUAGACGUAGCACAGCACCGUCAGACAGCAUUACAGUACUGCUGAACAUGAAUAGAGAAAGGGAAUAGGCCUAAAGUUUGGGGGGGUGGGGGGGUGGUAGUAUUUAUGUUCAGUUACAUUGGGGUUUUUUGGUAGUCAUAAUCAAUCUACAUAAUUUGUUUAAGUUUUCUACUUUCAUUAACUGCCUUACCUCUGCUACCAGUUCAUGGGUGCACUGGUUUUAGUGUCAGAAAUAGCACCUCAAUAGUUGUCACAGGGGAAGCACUUUUGGGCACCAGACACCAUCUGUGGCUCACAUUUCAGCACCAGACAGACUAACUAAGACCGGAUGCUGGCUUUAGCAAGAUCUGUAGUUAUUUCUAGCUAGCCCAACUGUGCUUAGAGUUUACAAAAGCAACUGAGAAUGGCACUGGCUAGAGACAGGGAGAGCAGUUCUUGCUUCCCCAUUAGGCUUGAGGGCAGCCUUUAGCAGUGCCCUGGGCCACCAUCCAUCACAUUCCACUAGCAGAAAAACCAAGUCGCCGAGUAACUAAGCCUCCAAUUACCUUCACUUCUGACAUACCUUAGAGUAAAGCACACCUCAGUAAUCCAGCCUAUCACCUUUCCAGUGCAUUAGUAUCACAGCUCCUUCCCACCACAAAGGCAUGGUAAUAUUAUCUGUAGUCCAGCACUCACUGUGAUUUAAUUACUUUGCUACUAACACUGAAACUGAGCAAAUUAAGCAGUUUUAAAACCCAUCACAGCUUUCAUUUGCAGACAGAAAGGAAUGAGAGUGCAGAUCUCUCUCACUGCAGCAGAUUUCCAGUCCUGUAGUCCUCACUAGCAAAACAUCAGGUGAAGCUGAGGGACUGUACCUCCCUUAGCACCUCUGCUCUUGCCCCACCACCUCCUCACCACUGGUGAAGUUUGCUUGGGUCAAGAGCCUCCCUGUUUGGACUCCCCCCAUUCAUGCUCAUGCCAACAGGAAAGCAUUAUUUUUGUAUUUGGUCAACUUACACAGACUUUUAAAGCAUCACUGUACAGAGGCUGCUCUAAUGAAGUAUUUAAAUUAUAUUUUUAAUAAAGUGUUUUUAAACCUG